ACCGUGACCUGGUUGACGCUGGCGAUGCGGUGUCUGUAGCGCUUUGCGAGCAUUACCUGAUACCACAUUUGGUCGAGCAGCUGGCCAACAGCGUCAGUGGAUGUUAACGCGGGACAUCCUUGUCAGUCUUGAAACAAAUGCUACAGGUUUCAAGUUCUGCGUUUGAGCUGCUCGCAAGCUGAUCUUGACCUCACCGACAACACCGUUGGUGUCGCGUGAAUCAGCAUAGGUCGCGCAAUGGCGGAAGACCUAUCAUCACAGCCCCAGCGCCUUUCACGGUACAGAUCGCAACGUAAAGCUCAGCAGCAGGCGCCGGACGAGGUGAUUCCCGAAGUGCCAGACGUGCCGGGAGACCAGCCGGACCCAACUGAUGAUAGUGUUACGCGAAGAAAGUCAAGGUAUCGUCGCAAGAAUGUUGCGAGCCCAGCGCAAGCCGAUGGACGCCCUGCGACAGCACGCGCUGAGGACGAUCGCAACGGCCCAGCAGUGGCAAAGACCGAUCACCCUAUGACUACUUCACCGCAGCCCAGCAUCAUGCCAGAAUCUCAGCUCAACCGCGCGAGUUCUACAGCGAGGCGUGAGCAAGAGCCCAGGAUCAGCCCGCCCGCACACCAUGGAAACCCAAGAUCUGGACAUCCAAGUGUAGAUGCUGACGGCUACGGCACUGACGGUAUGGAGGACCAUCUGCCCGAGCGUCAGCCUCGUGCAGGGGCAAGUCACGAAGGCCAAGCGCCGAUGUACGACCAGAAGCAUCUACCCAACGGCGAGUUAUUUCCGCCGCCAAGGCCAGAAAAUGUCCAGUCUACAGUCCAGUCGGUGCAAGGCCAGUGCCCACCGUCCCUCGACAAAGUUAGGGUCAGCAAAAGUCAGCAGCCCAAGCUCAGCGACGACCACCAUGAGCCACGAGGCUGCUUUGGCUUCUUCAAACGCAAACGUGGAGAAGCAUCGCCGGGUGCAGAUGCUCUGGUUGCGCGGCCGACAGCAACCAAUGAAGGUCUUACCGACGCGCCAGUUUCCGCAGUCAACGCAGGCGAUCGAAGCGUGCUUGUAGAGUGCGGUAAGUCGAAAACAGUGUUUCCGGUCACGCUUACGACGACCACGUCCGACAUUAUUAAAAGUGCUGCCACUUGCAUGUCCGAGCGCAUCAACACGCGCUCAGCAGUGCUGCUCGAGGACUUCGCCAAAGCUGGUGUUCAGCGACCAUUGCGGCGGUAUGAGCACGUCCGGGAUGUCAUCAACAGCUGGGAUACGGACCGCCAGAACUCUCUGCUCCUUGUUGAUCCCAGGACAGGCAGCUCUGAAGCCGAGCUCAGCCUAGCUGGCGUGCCGCAUGACAAGCCAGGCGACGUCAGCUGGCUACUCUCGGUCUCACAACGCCCUGGGAGGUGGGACAAGCGCAUGAUCACGCUAAAGCUCGACGGUCAACUCACCAUGCAGCGUGACCCGAACAAGCCGCUGCUUCAAGAAAACAUCUGUCAUCUCAGUGAUUUCGACAUAUAUACACCGACCCAGGAGAAGCUGCGUAAGCAGGUCAGGCCGCCAAAGAAAUAUUGCUACGCAAUCAAGUCGCAGCAGAAGACAGGCAUUUUCGAGAGCACACAUGACUAUGUGCACUUCUUGUGCACUAACGACAAGGCUACAGCCGACGACUUCUAUGCUGCGGUGCAAGGAUGGCGAAGUUGGUAUCUCGUCAACGUUCUGGGUGAAGGCAGGAAGCUCAAGUCCUCGGAAGGCCAUGCGGUGGAUAACGAGACAAGGCGGAUGUCGAAAGAACACCGGCGUAAUGAGUCGCAUGAUUCGCACUAUCAGCUGGGCUCGUUCAAACCUUUGAUGGAGACGCAGGACACCAGUGCGAGACCUAGUACAGCGAGGUCGGCUAAUGCACCGCCUCCCGUGUUUGGAGUCCCUGCAAGAUCUGCCCAUCAACCGGACACGGUUAGUGGCGUUGAGCGCCGUCCGAGCACUAGGCACCGGCAGCAGCAUCCCCCCGUGUCUCUCGGAAACAAAGCGCAACUUGCCGACGAUGAGCCUCUGGGCAACCUUGCUAGGCGAACUUCGCUCGACCAGACACGCACGUCGUUCGACGACGGUCGGCUUGAGGAAUUUGCAGCCACCGGACUGCUCGGGCGCAAGUAUUCCCAACGCCAACAACAUGUUGAGGUGCGCGAGAAGCAGCAACUGCAGCAGCCAUUCACCUCUGGCCCGAACCUGCUCAACGGAGGCUUCGAUGCUAACCAUGACGACACUCUUGCAAAUCGCCAGUCGCUAGACCUUGUUAGACGCAAUCCGUCAGUCCGUACGAAGCAUGAAAACAGAUCUCUUGAUGACGGUGGCGUCAAACGCAACAGAUCUACUCGAACACAUGUGUCUAGUGACGUUACUCGCUCGAGGUCUAUGCGAGCAGCCAAUGUGCCGGCCAAGCCGUUGGUGGAUCUUACACCCGAAUACCGAGCGCCACCACAGCACGCAAACAAGGGCAAGGGUCACAGCCCAGACCGGAACGUACCUGGCGCGCUAGUAGAGAGCGCCACCACUCCAGAGGAUCCUCUCGGGAUCCCAUCAAGUACGGACUGGCGCGGAGCGAACGCACUCAACGAGGUCUCCCAACCACUUGGCCGCAGUCUCUCGCAGCGUGGUCAGCAACCGAAGUCGACUCGCUCGCCGGAUCAUCAUCCUUUCACCGGUGAAGGCUUGUUGGCGGGAUCUCGUGCUCAACAAGGCUGGGGUGGUGGUAACAGAGGCCGAGGCGUCGUGGAUGGCAGCCACGCGGACAGCCCGCUAAUGGAUGUCCAUGAGCCGAGUAAGUUCGUGCAGGGGAGUCUACUGAGAAAAGUGGAGCAGGAGCGCGGGCGCGAUGGACCCGUCAUUGACCGAGCGAAGCGUGUGGAGAAGGAGGUCAAGUACGGUGAGGGCUAUUGAUACACGGGGCCGACAACCUAGGCUGUACGACGGCGACUCAUUCAAUGAUAGCUGAAUCACGCGGUGUUGGAUGGCUCGCUUAUAUGAGACUGGUAAGGCAGUGUAGGAUAUACCCUUUUGUAUGUGCAAAUCGCACGUGGUAUACAGAUCGCAAGAGAACGUAGCAUUGUUCAUGAAUCGCACGAGCGGCGUGCAGUUUUACCUCGCA